UUCCAGAGUGAGAAAAGCUCCCGCAGUAUUUUUCUCUGCGUAGCAUUCAAUGGAUGUGUGUCCAGUUUGUGAGAUUUAUCAGGAGAAACAAUGAUUUUUCCACUCAAUCAACCAGCCAGAAGCCAUGAUCAUGCCUGAACAGAUUCCAGGCACUCCGUCUUAUCACCAAAUUUGAUAGUGUCUCGAGAUAAAAUACUCUUUUUCUGGCCUUAUAAAAGAGAUUCGCGAUGUAUUGUUCGCAGUUUUGAGUGCGAAAAGUGUUUGUGAGAUGAUCUUGAGAAUUAUUGCAGUCUUUCUGGGAGUUUUCCAGCUCGCAGCUAGUCAAUGUUCUGUGAACAUUAGGAAUGAUAUUCCGGUGAGGGAUCCUGUGUACUUGACUCAGCAGGGACAACUUUGGGCUCCAAAUGGGGCAGCACUAACCUGGAAUUCUGGGCAACCUUCCUUUGUGUCCUGCACAGGAAGUGGAAAUUCAUUAACGUUCAAUGGUCAAAGGACCAGCACGAAGACAUGCGUUUCCGGAACGAACUUUAAUAUUGGUGGAUCAUCGGUUACUUCAAGUAAUUUGGCCUGUACCAAUACUAUCACAGGGGAUUAUUCAAUUACCGGAGCCAAUUGCGGGAAUGAUGGAACAAUAAUUAAUAUCGGAUUCAACACUUACGAUUCCCCUGGAUUCGUUACUUACAUUCAGUCCUGCUACUCUAUGUCAACAGGAUCAGUUCGUUACACCAGGCAUGUGAUCCCUGGUAGAGCGAUUAAUUUCGCUGUUAUUGAGUCCAGCAGACCGAGCUUCAAGACCGGAGGAUCAGCUCCUCAAGUCAGCCCUGCCACAUCAUACACUCAAGCAUCUCAGAUGACGAGGUUGACACAGCUUUUAGGAUCUCAGGCUCAGGCUGAGCGUUUCCUGUCCAGCUCUUCCUUCAUGUCUCGUGGACACUUGGCUCCGGAUGGCGAUGGUAUCUUUAGAAGUUGGCAAUUCUCCACGUACUACUACACGAAUGUUGCUCCGCAAUGGCAACAAACUAAUGGAGGAAAUUGGUUAAGAGUUGAGAAUGCUGCUCGCCAGAAAGCUCAUAACAUGCAGCAGGAUUUGCUAAUCUUCACUGGUACCUUUGACAUCCUCACCCUGCCCCACGUCAACGGCCAGCAAAUCCCUCUGACCCUGGAGGCGGGAGGAAUUGAGGUGCCCAAAUGGUACUGGAAGAUUAUCAAGUCAACAGCAAACAAUGCAGCAAUUGCACUCAUCACCCUCAACAAUCCCUUCGCCACGAGCAUCUCAGCCAACGAACUUCUCUGCACGGACAUCUGCUCAUCAUCUGGAUGGGGACAGAGCAACUUUAACAAUUUUGCCCAUGGAUACACCUACUGCUGCAAUGUCAUGACACUCAGGAAUCGCAUCACAUGGAUUCCCAGUGAAGCAUCAGCCAACAAUGUACUCAACUGGUGAGUGCUAAACCUCCUCCUGCCUGAAGCAUGAAGCAUGUAACUCUUUUCCAUGGAACUGUGUCUGUUUUAUUUCAAACUCAAUAAAAUGACAUCGAGUAUUGGCUACAGCACAUAA